AUGCCCGUGAAAUUCGCGACACUAACUGGCCUGGCUGUCCUCCCUACGGCUCUCUUAACGAAGCCAAUUCUCACCGCGCAAGCAUUCAUUCCAUGCUUCCCGAAUUCAAUCUUCGCUCACACGACAUCCCAGUCAGCACUCUUCAAGUACUACUCCAUCAGGGAGGAUACCGCUGGUAUCCUCAGUGCUUCAGGGGAGGAUUCCCACCACAUGCACAGUGAUUCAGGGGAGGAUAGUGAUCACGUUCAUAGUGAUUCAGGGGAGGAUGACACCGGUGUCAGUGAUUUCGUCGAAAAUGACGUCGACAUCUGCAGCGAUUUCACACAAACUCCUUCUUCUUCUGACAUGACCGCCAUCCACCACUCUCCCAGGCCACGCCACUCCACCGGCGCUUCCACCACACCGCCUCCUACAACCCUGGAAGAUACUGUCAAUACCGAUCUGCAAACACAUAUUGUCCUCAACCCAUCUACCCGCACCCUCCGCAGUCUCCUGUUGUCACUCCGUACAAACAGUGGCCCACUUAAUGCGCUUACCUUACCCAACAACAUGAGAAUGACCCGCUAA